GUAUGCAUUAGUGUAGUGAAAGAGGAAGAAGCUCAUUGGACAUUCAUCGGAGCUAAAACAACGCAGAAAUGAACGGGCACCAAAUUCACCACGAUGACGUUAUGGCACCUUGGGGUGUCUUCAUGAUGUCCGAGAACACGCUCAAUCUGCUCACCUUAGCUGCUGUUGUCGGCGGUGCCACUCUAGGCGGCUACCUGCGUGAUUCUCCUCUUUCAAGUCGUACCAUGGCCUUCCUUUACUUCCCUGGUGACGUGUACAUGCGUAUGCUAGAAAGCAUGAUGAUUCCACUGGUGGUGUCCAGCCUCGUAGCGGCGCUAGGUAGCAUCGACAUACUCCUGGCAGCACGCAUCGGACACGUCUCUUUCGUCUUCUUCGUCAGCUCUACUAUAGUGGCAUGCGCCGUUGGUGUCACUGUGGCCGUCUGGUUUGGUCUGUCCAUUUCCAAAGAAGUAGCCGUUCGCACAGGAUUGCUGGAAGACGCCAUGCUAGACCUGAUCAGGAAUCUUUUCCCCGAUAACUUCGUAGGAGCAUGCCUAUACUCGUCCGUCACUGUAAUGGAUAACUCAACAGAUGAUCCGAACGGUUUUAAAGUGACCUCUGGUGGUAACUCGAACCUGAUGGGCGUACUGGCCUCAUCCAUGGUGCUCGGUGUGGUCCUCUCGUACACGGCCAGCGAAGCAGAUGCUCUACUCAAUUUCUUCGUCGGUCUCAGCAACGCGUCCGUCACUGUAGCCCAUCUCGUGUCCUGGUACUCGCCCAUCGGCAUGUUCUCCAUCGUUGCCACCAGAAUAACGCAAGUUGCUACUGUGCAGGACGCUAUGUCCAGCCUUCGGGCAUACGUCACAACGGCGCUGAUCGGCCUGGCUGUGCAUGGCCUUAUCUUGCUUCCCCUCGUCUAUGCAAUUUGUACCCGACGAAAAGUGACAACUUUUAUGGCCCAAAUGCGAACGCCGGUACUCCAAGCAUUCAAGUCUGCUUCCAGAGCUGUGAGUGUUCCUGCCACUAUCGAUGCCUUGGAGGAAGGCGCUGGUCUUGACCCUCGCAUCGUUCGAUUUGUAAUUCCCGUCGGGGCCAAUGUGAGCAUGCAAGGCACUUGCGUUGUGGAAGCAAUCGCUGCUGUUUUCUUAGCCCAUUUCAGGAAAAUGUCGCUCGGUCCAGAACACAUGCUCACCAUAGGGGCAACUGCAGUUCUUGCCAGUAUGGGUGCAGCCAGCAUUCCGAACAGCAGCGUCAUCACACUGAUCGUGAUUCUCCAAUCAUUGAGCAUUCCUCCCAUUGACAUUUCCCUAGUUUUUCUCGCCGACUGGUUCAUCGACAGAUUCAGAACAGCGGUGAAUAUUUUCGGCGACUGCGUCUGUUCCGCUGUGGUUGAGAUGGUUUGUCACGACGAGCUACCAGAGCUGAGCGAAGAGGCACAGUACGAAAGACCGCCCGUUCUUGCCGCACAAGACCUCUAAACAAUAAACACAAUCUUAUUUUCUUC